CGUAAGCACACAAAACGCGUCGACUGUUGAUGACGUAGUACGCAACAACGGGCGGCCUGCCAGGGAACGACGGUAAAACACGACGCGUAAAAACUGUGAAACUACAGCUAUGAACUGGAACAAGGGAGGACCGAGUGGUAAGCGAGGCUUCGGCUUCGGAGGAUUUUCCCUCUCCGCGGGGAAGAAAGAGGAGCCGCGGUUGAACCCGCCGGCCCACAGUGCGUUUGGUGCGCCGGGCAGUUCGGCAGGAGGGUUUGGCAAAAACCAGCAGCUGCCUGCGUUCUAUAAGAUCGGAACCAAACGCGCGAAUUUCGACGAGGAAAACGCCUAUUUCGAGGACGAUGAGGAGGAAUCGAACGCUGCAGAUCUGCCGUAUAUACCGGCGGAGAACUCUCCUACCAGGCAACAGAUGCAGUCUGGAGGAGGAGGAGGAGGACGAAGUGGUGAAGGUGGAGGCGGAGGCGGAUCAGACAGCGAUGACGACCCUCUCGAUGCCUUUAUGGCUGAGGUGGAGAACCAAGCAGCCAAGGACAUGAAGAAACUAGAGGAGAAAGAAAAAGAGAAAAAUCUGACCAAGGGUAUUCGAGAUGACAUUGAAGAGGAGGAUGAGCAAGAGGCUUAUUUCCGUUACAUGGCCGAGAACCCGACAGCGGGGCUGAUCCCGGAGGAAGAGGAGGAGGCCGUGGAGUACGACAGCGACGGGAACCCCAUCCCUCCGACCACGAAAAAGAUCAUCUUACCACUUCCACCAAUUGACCACUCUGAGAUCGACUACCCUCCAUUCGAGAAGAACUUCUACAACGAGCACGAGGAGCUCAACAGCCUGACUGGAACGCAAGUGCUGGAGCUGAGACACAAACUCAACCUGAGGGUGUCCGGGGCCGCUCCUCCCAAGCCGUGCACCAGUUUCGCUCAUUUCGGAUUUGACGAGCAGCUCAUGAACCAGAUCCGCAAGUCCGAGUACACGCAGCCGACGCCCAUCCAGUGCCAGGGGGUCCCCAUAGCCUUGAGCGGCAGAGACAUCAUCGGCAUCGCCAAAACCGGUAGCGGCAAGACGGCAGCCUUUAUCUGGCCCAUGCUGGUGCACAUCAUGGACCAGAAGGAACUGGAGCAGGGAGAAGGACCCAUCGGUGUGAUCGUCUGCCCCACCAGAGAGCUCUGUCAGCAGAUCCACACGGAGUGUAAGCGAUUCGGGAAGGCCUACGGCUUGCGCUCGGUGGCUGUGUACGGAGGGGGGAGCAUGUGGGAGCAGGCCAAGGCGUUACAGGAAGGGGCCGAGAUCGUCGUUUGCACUCCGGGUCGCCUGAUCGAUCACGUAAAGAAGAAAGCUACCUCCCUGCAGAGAGUGAGCUACCUGGUGUUUGACGAGGCUGAUCGCAUGUUCGAUAUGGGCUUCGAGUAUCAGGUGCGAUCCAUCUCCAGCCACGUGAGACCAGACAGACAGACUCUGCUGUUCAGCGCCACGUUCAGGAAGAAGAUCGAGAAGCUGGCGCGGGACAUUCUCACUGACCCGAUCCGCGUAGUGCAAGGAGACAUCGGAGAGGCGAAUGAGGACGUGACCCAGGUGGUGGAGGUCUUGCAGAGUGGCUCGGAUAAGUGGAUGUGGCUGACCAGGAGGCUUGUGGAGUUCACCUCCGCUGGCUCGGUGCUCAUUUUUGUCACUAAGAAGGCCAACUGUGACGAGCUGGCCACCAACCUGCAGCAGGAGGGCUACAGCCUGGGCCUGCUGCACGGAGACAUGGACCAGAGCGAGAGGAACAAGGUCAUCAGCGACUUUAAGAAGAAGAGCUUGCCCGUCCUGGUGGCCACCGAUGUCGCAGCUCGUGGAUUGGACAUUCCCUCGAUCCGCACCGUCGUAAACUACGACAUUGCUCGAGACAUCGACACGCACACCCAUCGCAUCGGGCGAACGGGUCGCGCCGGAGAAAAGGGCGAGGCCUAUACUUUGCUCACCAACAAAGACGCCUCGUUCGCUGGUGACCUCGUUCGUAAUUUAGAGGGAGCCAAUCAGAGCGUCUCAAAGGAUUUGAUGGAUCUGGCCAUGCAGAAUCCCUGGUUCAGGAAGUCGCGUUUUAAGAGUGGGAAAGGAAAGAAGCUGAACAUCGGAGGUGGAGGGCUUGGAUACAGAGAGAGACCAGGCCUAGGGUCCGAAUCCUCGGAGCGCAGCGGUGGUUCCGUCCUCGGCAACUAUGAGUCCUACAAACCUCCCACUGGAGCUAUGGGAGAUCGCAUGGCUGCCAUGAAGCAAGCCUUCCAGGCUCAGUACAAAAACCACUUCGUGGCGGCAUCGAGCAGCUCUCCCAAGCUCAGCGCCCAGUCAAACAGCAACUCGGGUUGGACGAGUGCAGGCAGUCUGAGCUCUGUGCCCUGUGGAGCCCCUGAAGGAAGCCGUACACCUUCAUCUUCCACCCCCAUGCCCCCUCCUCCUCCAUCCUUCAAUCUGGGCACCAAGCUGGCCGGCUUCAGCAGCUCGGGCACUUUGAGCUCUGUAUCAGACACUCACUCAUCCUCAUCCUCCUCGUCCUCCUAUUCCUCCUCCUCUUCUUCAUCCAGAGAGGAUUCUUACCACGACAGGAGCCGCCAUGGAGAGGGGCACCAUCGUCAUAGCGAACGGGACCGGCACGGAGACCGCGACCGCCACGGAGACCGGGAUCGAUACGGCGAUCGCGACCGGGAUCGGGAACGAGAUCGGCACGGCGACAGCCGCAACGGCGAUGGCGGACGCCGGGAGAGGGACAGCUGGAGGGGAGAACGAGACGGAGGCGAAAGGGCCAGCUCACACAGAGGAGCCGAGGACAGCUUUGCCGUUCCCGAUCCACCGAGAAAGAAGAAGAGCAGGUGGGACAGUUAGAGCCAAACCACCCCACCACCCCCCACCCCCCACCAGCAGGAGACAUGGAUGGAGCAGCUCCGAGAUCAGCCAGCCUUCUCAGCACAGUCCAUCUGUCCGCUGUUCCUCAAAUGUCAAGGGCGUUAAAGACUUUCAGAGUUUCGUCUGCCUGUUCUCUUCGGUAGAUUCCCUGUCGCUCUUUCCGUCAGGCGGCCGACGGGGUCGUUUUAAUCCGUUAAAUGAGAACUUGCGAAUUAUAGAGACGCAAAUUUCAGAAGUCACGCAGGCCUUUUCUCUGUAUCUGUGUGUGAAUUAAUCCUUCUGUCAAUAGUUCCUUUUUUUGGGGGGGGUUAUGGGGUUAGUUUGGGGCUUUUUUUUUUCGUAGUUUGCAGAAAUGACUUCGUAGUGAUCUUUUGCGAAUUCUAAAGGAGAAUUCGAGGCGAUUUCGACAUCUUUAUGAUUAGAAAGGAAACAUUAUUUCGAAGCCUUUCCAUCUCGUUUAACAUGACGAUCCAGAAGUUCUGAAGUCUGUGAGCUCUGAGUGAUCUGUAUUGUAGGGUCGUGUUUUUGUUCUGUAUUUCUUUUUAACACCUACCCGCUGUUACGACACAACGUGCCCUCCUGUCCUGUCUGGGAUUUUUUUGUGUUUCGAAAUAAAACUACGCUCAUGCGAUCGGUUACCUUCAUACUCGCCAUCUUAGGGUUGGGAUGUGGCAAUAAUGACAGUGAAGAGAUUGAGUUGUACUCUGAAAUAACUGCAUAUAAAUCUAUAAAACAACCAAUGGGGUAAAAGACUGGAAUAUGUGCUGUGUAUUAUUAUUUGUAUUUAAUUUUUUUUUCAGUCGACUAGAUUAGAAAGGCUUCUCUAAGACCAAUAAGCUGUUUUUCAUGUAUUUUGUGAAUGUGGUGCAGUUACAUGAACCAUUCUUCAUCAUCAUCAUUCUGGCUUCAAUAAAACAUGAUAAGAUCUUGAA